AUGGCCAGGGCCAUAGAAGUUGCAUUACCUCAUACUCGUCAUAGAUUAUGCCAAUGGCACAUCUUUAAAAAGGUUCCAUCAAAAGUUUCCAUCUACAAUAGCAAUAAUAAAGUUAGAGGACUCUUCCAUAAGUGUAUGAGGUGGUGUGAUUCUGAGGAAGUGUUUGAGGAAGCGUGGGAUGAAAUGAUGAAGGAAGGGAAUCUUCAUAACCAUGAAUGGUUGCAGGAUCUUUAUAAGAUUAGGAGAAAGUGGUCAACUGCUUUCAACAAGGAUUCCUUUUGCAUGGGCAUUUUAUCAACGCAGCGUAGUGAGUGUACUAAUAAUGUGUGUCAUGGCAUUUCGAAGCCAACAAGUUCAAUAACUGACUGUUUUCUUGGCUUGGAGAAGGUACUGAAGAAUUGGCGGCGAAAUGAGCAAGAUGAGGAUUACAAAUGUAGUCAAUCUGAAAUUGUUCCCGUGAUAAAGAACAGCUCAAUAUUAAAACAAGCUGCUAGAUUUUACUCAAGAAGAAUAUAUUCAAUUUUUGAGGAAGAAUUUAUAAAGGCUGUGGGAGAAAUGAGUAUAGAUUUUGUCUCAACUGAUUCUUCAAAGUAUAUAGUCAACUACAUAGAGAAAAAGAAUCAAAACCAUCCUUGGGUUGUUCACUUUGAUGCAACAGAAGGUAACAUUCAAUGCAGCUGUAAGAAGUAUGAAACCAUGGGAUUGCUGUGUUCUCAUUGUUUGAGGGUUUUUAAACAGUUGGAUAUGGCUAAAUUUCCUGAGAAGUACUUAUUACUUCGUUGGUCAGCAAGGGCUCGACAAGUUUUUUAUUCAGGUUACUUGCUUAAUUCUAAAAGAAGUAAUAAUUUCCAAGGUGGUAGGGGAUUCAUAUUCAGAAAUCAGGUGAGCAGGUUUGCAUAUCAAAUGAGCACGGAAGCUCAAGGGAAUGAGGAGGCAGAGGAGUUUAUUCUUUCCUCAUUGCAAGACAUGUAUAAAAAAUUAUACCUAAUUCUUGGUGGCAAGAAAAGAAAUGAGAAGGAUGUUGCGGGUUCCCAAGGUGGAACUGCUAAUUUGAAAGAUCCUCUAAAGCGUAGACCUAAAGGCAUAUCAAAUGCAAGACUGAAAAGCCAUUGGGAAAAGAAGAAACGACCUAAGAAGAAGAAGCCUUUGGUGGGGGAUAACCCAAUAGAUGAACCUUCUUCAACACAUCCUAGUUCAACACAGAUGAACUUUUCAAGCAUGCCUGAAUGUUUCAGUGAGGAAUAUAUAACCGGCAUACCAUCAAGCCAACCUGGAGCUGAAUACACCAAGUUGAUGAUGGAUUUUCUUUCUUCGGAGUUGGAAUUUAAUGAAUAUGCAAUGUAA